AUGGCCUCUUCAGGCUCUCUCCUUCCCACCCUGCUGGCGUUGCUCCUGCUCCAGGUCGCCGCCACGGCGUCAGCGGCGACUAUGACGACGUUCGUCCGGGCGGCCGACCUCGCCGAGCGGCUAGAGGGGCCGGUGUCGCAGCAGUGCUGGGAGACGUUGCUGCACAUCAAGUCGUGCACGGGGGAGAUCAUCCUCUUCUUCCUAAACGGCGAGGCGUACCUGGGGCCCGGCUGCUGCCGCGCCAUCCGCGUCAUCGAGCAGCGCUGCUGGGCCGCCGACCUCUUGCUGUCCGUCAUCGGGUUCACCCCGGAGGAGGGGGACAUGCUCAAGGGCUACUGCGACGCAGGCGACGACAACGGCGGCGGCGAGGGGCAGCACCAUAGCAUCAGCGGAUCAUCUCCGGCCCCGCCGCCGCACCGUGUUCUUGAUGGCGUUGCAUCUGGCGACGGCACCGUGGCGGCCGCCGCGCGCGCGGGUAGGAAAGGGCUCGGUGGGCCGUUAGGCUGA